CGGGGCCCGGGACAUGCCCCGCGCAGCUGUACUCUGCACCUGGCCCUGGCCGCGAUCGCAGCGAGGCGGUACCUUUUAUGACCGUCUCCCCUCUCCUGAACCCAGAUCCCCGGACCCCUGAGUUUCUGCACCUCUGCCCAGGAGUUGGGGCCUGGCUCCUGGCCACCCCGGGCAGGUCAGCAUGGCAGAGACGCUGGAGUUCAACGACAUCUACCAGGAGGUGAAAGGCUCCAUGAAUGAUGGUCGCCUAAGACUGAGCCGCCAGGGCAUCAUCUUCAAGAACAGCAAGACAGGCAAAGUGGACAACGUCCAGGCUGGGGAACUGACGGAGGGCAUCUGGCGACGGGUAGCUCUGGGCCAUGGGUUGAAAUUGCUCACAAAGAAUGGCCAUGUCUACAAGUACGACGGGUUCCGGGAAUCGGAGUUUGAGAAACUCUCUGAUUUCUUUAAAACCCACUACCGCCUGGAGCUCCUGGAGAAGGACCUGUGUGUAAAGGGCUGGAACUGGGGCACAGUGAAGUUUGGGGGGCAGCUGCUCUCCUUCGACAUCGGUGACCAGCCCGUCUUCGAGAUCCCUCUCAGCAAUGUGUCCCAGUGCACCACAGGCAAGAACGAGGUGACACUGGAGUUCCACCAGAACGACGACGCAGAGGUCUCCCUCAUGGAGGUGCGCUUCUACGUGCCUCCCACCCAGGAGGAUGGCAUAGACCCCGUCGAGGCCUUCGCCCAGAAUGUGCUCUCCAAGGCGGAUGUCAUCCAGGCCACCGGAGACGCCAUCUGCAUUUUCCGGGAGCUGCAGUGCCUGACCCCACGAGGCCGCUAUGACAUCCGCAUCUACCCCACCUUCCUGCACCUGCACGGCAAGACUUUCGACUACAAGAUCCCCUACACCACGGUGCUGCGCCUCUUUCUGCUGCCCCACAAGGACCAGCGCCAGAUGUUCUUCGUGAUCAGCCUGGACCCCCCGAUCAAGCAGGGCCAGACCCGGUACCACUUCCUCAUCCUCCUUUUCUCCAAGGACGAGGACAUCUCCUUGACCCUCAACAUGAACGAGGAGGAGGUGGAGAAGCGCUUUGAGGGGCGGCUCACCAAGAACAUGUCCGGCUCGCUCUACGAGAUGGUCAGCCGGGUCAUGAAGGCCCUCGUGAACCGCAAGAUCACUGUCCCUGGCAACUUCCAAGGGCACUCGGGGGCCCAGUGCAUCACCUGCUCCUACAAGGCCAGCUCGGGGCUGCUGUACCCGCUGGAGCGGGGCUUCAUCUACGUGCAUAAGCCACCAGUGCACAUCCGCUUUGACGAGAUCGCCUUUGUCAACUUCGCCCGUGGCACCACCACCACCCGUUCCUUUGACUUCGAGAUCGAGACCAAGCAGGGCACGCAGUACACCUUCAGCAGCAUCGAGAGGGAGGAGUACGGGAAGCUGUUUGAUUUUGUCAACGCGAAGAAGCUCAACAUCAAGAACCGCGGCCUGAAAGAGAAAAAAGAGGGCAUGAACCCCAGCUACGACGACUACGCCGACUCUGAUGAGGACCAGCACGACGCCUACCUGGAGCGCAUGAAGGAAGAGGGCAAGAUCCGGGAGGAGAACGCGAAUGACAGCAGCGAGGACUCGGGCGAGGAGACCGACGAGUCCUUCAACCCCGGAGAGGAGGAGGAGGACGUGGCUGAGGAGUUCGACAGCAACGCCUCGGCCAGCUCCUCCAGCAACGAGGGUGACAGCGACCGGGAAGAGAAGAAGAGGAAACAGCUCAAAAGGGCCAAGGUGGCCAAGGAUCGCAAGAGCCGCAGGAAGACUGUGGAGGCAAAGAAGGGCAAAGACCCCAACGCCCCGAAGAGGCCGAUGUCCGCCUACAUGCUGUGGCUCAACGCCAGCCGCGAGAAGAUCAAGUCGGAUCACCCCGGCAUCAGCAUCACGGACCUUUCCAAGAAGGCCGGCGAGAUCUGGAAGGGGAUGUCCAAGGAGAAGAAGGAGGAGUGGGACCGCAAGGCUGAGGACGCCAGGAGGGAAUACGAGAAAGCCAUGAAGGAAUAUGAGGGAGGCCGCGGGGAGCCAUCGAAGAGAGACAAAUCCAAGAAGAAGAAGAAAGUGAAAGCGAAGAUGGAUAAGAAAUCCACGCCCUCUCGGGGCUCCUCAUCCUCCAAGUCCUCAUCCAGGCAGCUAAGCGAGAGCUUCAAGAGCAAGGAAUUUGUAUCCAGUGAUGAGAGCUCUUCAGGAGAAAACAAGAGCAAGAAGAAGAGGCGGCGGAGUGAGGACUCUGAAGAAGAGGACCUGGCCAGUACCCCUCCCAGCUCAGAGGAUUCAGUGUCGGGGUCCGACGAGUAGAGGAGGGAAUCCCUGUCCACCUGCAGGCUCCCGCCCGCGUCUCCCUGCCAGUGUCUCCUCCCGAGGCGCGAACCUUGGAUUCUGUGCCAUCUGAAUCCGCUCUGCUGGUGGCGCAGACGUCACCGGGCAUGGGUCGGCUCCUUGUAACUGGGAGAGUGGAUGUGAGGCUGGGCAGGGUCCCCGCCUGGUCCUCCUCUUGAGGCCUUGAGGACUCGGCCGGCGCUUGUCCUGUGCCCAUUGCCGCAGCAGGGUCAGGCAGAGGCAGGCCUGUGGCUACUUUGGGGCCUAUUUCUACUUUUAUUUUGUAUUUCUGGUCUGUGGAAUCAGCAUUUAAUAAAGGAAUCUGACUUUGGAAGCCA